GUGUGGAGUGAUUGUUAGCAGACAGAACAGUGAGGGAGGCUUUCAGGCGUCUGUUAAGUUAACAAAGCACAGUCCUCUCCUUAUGUAGCUCUUAUUGUAUGAAUGAGUUAGUGUCACAGAGAGAACGUCAGCUGGACGAGACUCAACUGUUGUUUAUGCGUUUGUGAGUGAGGGAGUGGGACGGAUAUAAAGGGAGGAGAGAUAGCCAAGCGGAGAGGUGCUUCUAUUUGUUUUCAUUUUUCUGUAACGAUCGAGGAGCAACGGAAACACAGAUCGGCUGUCAGUCUCAGUGCACACACUGCAGAGAGGAGGACUCCUGUGGACGCACACGCACGUGUUCGCACCUGUUGAGCGGAUCUGUUCACGUCCUGCAGUCAUGUCUGUCUCCACGGGUGUGUGAGGGGCUGCUCGUGUCUAUCAGGGGUCUUCCUAUCUUACAGGGGAGAGAUGUCAUCGCUCUAUUCACGCAGCAAGGACCUUUCCUCUCGCUCCAGAAAGUCCCUGUCGGACUCGCCGCCCUCCUCCCCAUCCCCGAGCACCAAAACAUUCAGACAAGACCGGGUGUCAAGCAGGUCAGACCCUAGUGGUGUGGAGUCUCCAUCAGACAGACUGUCAGCCCGGACCAGCACAUACACACGCAGAGAGAACAGACUCGCCUCUCUGAGCAAAACAGAGGACGACUCGGCCAGCAAGGACUUUAAGAAGCUGUAUGAGGACGCACUGACUGAGAAUGAGAAGCUGAAGUCUCGACUGCAGGACAGCAAACAGGAGCUCACAAAAAUCCGCUCACAGCUUGACAGAGUCACACAGAAGCAGGACAGAAUAUCAGAGAGGUCCUCUGUAUUUGAAUCAGAGAAAAGGGAAAAAGAAGCUUUGGAGAAGAGGGUUACAGACAUGGAAGAAGAAUUAAAGACCUUUCCCGCUCUGGCUCGAUUACAGGCUCUCCGCAGGGGGAACGCGCGCCUCCUACAGGAGAAUAAAGCCAUGCUGCGCUCCCUCGCUCACUUCACUCAGACGGCCUCUCUCCCUGAGUCGGACGAUCUCUAGUCCUCCUCCCUAUCUCUCUGUGUCCCUUCCUCCUUCCUGUUCUCCGUUGCACCCUGUUGUCUUCCUCCUCUGUCCCGCUGCUGCUCACCUCUCAGGUUUUGACAGAACUCAAGUCUGAUAACCAGCGGCUAAAAGAUGAGAAUGGAGCAUUAAUCAGAGUCAUCAGCAAACUUUCCAAGUGAGGACAGCCGGUUAAAGAAGAAGAGAAAUACUGAACAGAAAGAGACCAAAUCUGAGAAUUUCACAAUGACUUAACAUUGAUCUGCUCUUGGUGCAGCAGCUCAAGGGUUAAAGAGUUUUGCUAACCAAAAGUUUCAAAUUUUGUCAUAAUUUACUUAUGUUGUUACAAACUGUUAUCACUUUCUUUCUUCUCUGGAACACAAAAUAAUUGUUCGUACAAUUCAUACAGUGAAAGUCAGUCAUCACCAAAACUGUUGUGUUCCAGAGAAGAAAGCAAGUAUCCACUUUCUUAAAAAAUAUGGUGAUAGCCUGAUUUAGAUAAUUUCUAUCUGGUUUAGGUGGUUGACUGAUGGGACAACCAGCUAGUGGAGCUGAGGUCAACCAACAUAACCGACCAUUUUUCUGCUGACGAAGGCCAGACUGAGUUGGUUAAGUGUUCAAAAACAUAAAUUGAACUAGUUAACUGGUUUUGCCACCUUAAGUUGGGCUGACUUGUAGUUUGCAGUAGGGUACUCCAAUCACACUGUAAGAACAGUGUUUGGUUGAAUGUCCAUAAUAGUCCAGGCUGGUUUAAAGGUGCUAAAAAUAAAGGUUCUUUAUUGACAUCAGUGGUUAUACAGUAUAUAUUAAGAACUGGUCACUUAAAGGUUCUUUGGGGAAACCCAAAAUGGUUCUUCUUUGAUAGGAAACCCCCUUUUUGGAAACAGAUUGCCACUAGUCUCCAUGUGGAACCAGCACAAACAUUCUCUUAAACCAGCAAAAUUUUGUUUGUGAGGCUGGUCAAGGUUUCUGAUGAAGCUGGCUGACUAGAAGACUCUUGCUUGUCAAGAAGCCUUGUGGGAACAACAGUACAUUUCGGAUAAACAGCCAAACCACAGCAUUGGUCACUAACUGUUCUGGUCUUUUCAGCAGGGAAAAGCUGAACAAACUGCCAUUCCCUUAAACGGUAUUUGAUCAUCAGUCAAAUCGAAUUAUUCUGAAAGCGGUCGUUUGGUUCAGUAUGAUCUUCAGAAGCUCUGCCAAAACAUUCUAAAAGGAAUGUUCCCACUGAGAGAUGAUGUCACUCUCCUCCUGUCAACCCAUUUGUCCUGCUUGCUUUUACAUUUGUAGAGUUUAUAUAUGACCUGAUGGGCUGAAGAAUGGAUAUGUCGAACCAGUCAAAUGUUUUAUAUUUAUUUGUGCCUUUUGUUUGUAAUUACGUGUAACUAUAUGGAUGAAACCGAAACACAUCACACAUAUGCCAUUUCAGAUGCUUUGUUUUUCAUAGUCCACAGUUUUUAACCUGUAAUCUUGAACCAAUGCUCACAGCACUUUGUUUGUGAUUUUUGUUGUUUGCCUGAGUAUUAAAAACACACUGUAAAAUACAAAAGAA